AUGGAGGAAGCGGCCUGUGUCAGCUACAACAAUGCAAUCGAGGAGCUUCGUACUAGGGAAUACCCUAUGCUGCAAGGUACAACCUACCUCGACCAUGCUGGGACUACUCUCUACGCGAAAUCGUUGAUCGAGCGCUUCUCCACCGACAUGAUCUCGAACUUGUACGGCAACCCCCAUUCUGCCUCGAACGCCUCCCAGUUGACGACACGGCGCAUUGAAGACGUUCGAUUACGGGUCUUGGAAUUAUUCAACGCGGACCCACAGGAGUUCGACGUGGUGUUCGUCGCCAACGCCACUGCGGGUAUCAAGUUGGUCUUGGAUGCGUUGCGGGACCAAGAAGAUGGGUUUUGGUAUGGCUACCAUCGGGAUGCGCAUACGAGUCUGAUAGGUGUACGAGAGGCUGCGAUGGAACAUCAGUGCUUCGCAUCGGACGCAGAAGUUGAGGACUGGAUUGAACGAGAGGAUAGUGAGGUCGGACGGACGAGGCUGUUCGCCUAUCCUGCGCAGUCGAACAUGAACGGGCGUCGCCUGCCGCUGGAAUGGUCACGCCGUAUACGUACGGGCAAGAGGGGCAGUGUAUAUACACUACUGGACGCCGCAGCCCUGGUUUCAACCUCACCGCUCGAUCUCAGCAAUGUUGAAUAUGCCCCCGACUUCACCGUUUUAAGCCUCUAUAAGAUGUUUGGCUUUCCUGACCUUGGCGCUUUGAUAGUCAGACACGCAUCAGCAUCCGUAUUCGAUCGACGCCGCUAUUUCGGCGGCGGCACGGUGGAAAUGGUAGUUUGUCUGAAAGAGCAAUGGCAUGCAAAGAAGACAGAGUCGCUCCACGAGAGCUUGGAAGACGGUACUCUGCCGAUACAUAGCAUUAUGGCGCUCGACUCUGCUAUGACUGUGCAUCGAGAACUGUAUAGUUCCUUGGAACACGUAUCGAAGCACACCGGCUUCCUGGCAAAGAAACUCUACGAGGGACUAUCGGCGCUGCGACAUGGAAACGGCGAACGCGUUUGCCAGGUGUAUAAGGAUCCGGCGUCUACGUAUGGAGAACUGGCUACACAGGGACCGAUCGUCGCAUUCAACCUUCGAAACGAAUCUGGGGGUUGGGUUAGCAAUGCAGAAGUGGAAAAACUGGCUGCGAUCAAGAACUUCCACAUCCGGACUGGCGGGCUCUGCAAUCCUGGCGGUGUCGCCUCUUCCCUUGGCUUGGCGCCCUGGGAGAUGCGCGACAACUUUUCUGCCGGCCAACGAUGCGGCAAUGAUAACGAUAUCAUCCGUGCAAAGCCGACCGGUAUGAUACGCGUCAGUCUUGGAGCAAUGAGUUCAUUGGCAGAUGUGGAGACGUUUGUUGCGUUCACGCGCGAGUUCUUUGUUCAAAGAAUUCUACCGACGGCUCCAUCGCCGGCGCUAUCUGUACAACUGCAGUCACCAUCACCAAGUCGUUUACAUGUAGAGAGAUUGACUGUCUAUCCUAUAAAGAGCUGUUCAGGGUUCAGUGUGCCGCUUGGUAGAACUUGGGACGUGCGACCAGAAGGACUCGCAUGGGACCGAGAGUGGUGUUUAGUGCAUCAAGGCACGGGAGCAGCGUUGAGUCAAAAGCGCUACCCCAAAAUGGCUCUCAUUCGUCCGAGAAUCGACCUGGAGGAAGGACUGCUACACAUAGAAGUGGGUGGCGCUCUGCGAGAUAAGACGAUUCUGCAUGCGAUCACCGUACCCCUCUCAGCAGAUCCACGAUUGUUUGCAGACGAAGCGAUGUACAAAGAUGCUAACGCAAAAGUAUGUGGAGAUACGAUCAUAGCGAAGAUAUACAAGUCGAACGAGGUAUCAGCCUUCUUCACACAGGCCUUGGGGGUGGCCUGUCAUCUUGCACGUUUUCCCGCCGCUGGGAACGGAAGUGGCUCUGACCCACGACACUCAAAAGCACACUUGCAAAAGUAUCAAAAGGCUCGCAGAAUGCACAUACCUGGCGCUUUCCCGGACGUGGUACCGAUAACGCCCGGCGCAUGCACCUCGAAAACACUUUUAUUGUCCAAUGAGAGUCCUAUUCUAACCAUUUCACGAUCAAGCCUCAACCGCCUUAACGAGUUGAUCAAAGCGGAUGGCGGUAAAGCAGCGCAAGCAGAGGUGUUUCGCGCCAACAUAGUGGUCGCGGAGAACCCGGACUACCCGCCUGGUCUCGAAGAACCAUACGCGGAAGACAAUUGGCGCUACCUUCAAAUUGGCCAGCAAUACUUUGAGAUGCUUGGACCAUGCCGUAGAUGCCAGAUGGUAUGCAUCGAUCAGCAAACCGCCGAACGAAAUCAAGAACCGUUUGUUACACUGUCUAAAACACGACGGUUCGACGGUCGAGUCUAUUUUGGAGAGCAUACCUGUCACCUCCCAUCUGGUGACUCAUCUUCUCUUUUGGUACAGAAUCCUACUAUCAUGGUCGGAGAUCCAGUACGUGCGUUUUGUGAAGACGAGGUUCACCAAGACGGCCAGCUGCAUGCCCUUGUGGGUUGA